AUGGCCAGUGACGAGGCCGCCAGGAGAAUGACGGCCCCAAUCAGGUCAACUCGCCGGAGCAUUGCGACUGUUUUAGCCCAGAACUUCCUGGACCUUGGAGUAUCUUCCCUUGGGGCAGGGGGGUUCGGAAAUCCAGCCGACAAUGGCCCAGGGCUUUCGCUGGACUUUCCGGGCGAGUCGACAACCCCCGAGGCAUUCUGGAACCUAAUUCUGGAUGGCAGACCAACGGCCAAGGAAGUCCCCAAGGACCGAUACGAUAUCGAUGCCUGGUAUCACCCUGAUGCUAAGCAACCAGACGGCCUUUCACACAGGCGUGCCAAUUUUGUAGAGCGAGAUUUGGGGCGGUUUGACGCCGCAUUCUUUUCCAUUACUGCGGUCGAGGCGGAGGCGAUGGACCCUCAGCAACGACUGAUCCUGGAGACGUCGUAUCGUGCACUUGAAAAUUCCGGAGUCCCCAUGGAAAGUCUCUCGGCGUCGAAGACAUGUGUGUAUACAAGGAGCUUUGGCCAUGACUACCAACUCCUUCAGGCAAAGGACCUAAUGACUCUGCCCAAAUUCCAUGGCACCGGCACAUCAGCCAAUAUGCUUGCCAACCGGGUCAGCUGGUUCUUUAACUUGGAGGGGCCGAGCGCAAAUGUUGACACUGCUUGCUCUAGUAGCUUGAUGUCUAUUCAUCUGGUAUGCCAGUCAAUCCGGAAUGGCGAGUCAUCCAUGGCCUUUUUAUCGAAGGAUGGGCGCUCUUUCAGUUUUGACGAGCGAGCGAAUGGCUACGGCCGUGGGGAGGGAGUUGCGGGCCUGGUCAUACGGCCGCUCAAGGAUGCGAUUCAAAAUGGAGACACAAUCAGGGCUGUCAUUUGGUCGUCUGGCUGCAACAAAGAUGGAAAGACACCCGGCGUUAUGCAGCCCAGUGGUGCGCGCCAGGAGCAGCUGAUUAGGGACACGUAUGCUCGGGCAGGGCUCGAUAUGGGGACGACUCGAUACGUCGAGGCACACGGAACAGGCAAGUUCUGCUCAUUGAACUAUAUGGAUAGGGCUAAAGGCUCAGGCAGACUCACGGUCCAGGCAACCCCUUAUACCUCCAUCAAUCCUGACAAUCACGUUUCAACUAUAACCCCCAUUUUCAUUUGCUUUAUGACCAUUACUUCGGUUAUUGACGUAUGCUUGUGUGUAGCCAUAACGGCUCUUUAG